UUUCCUUAGCAUUCCUGUCGUCAUGAGUUCUGAAUUAAAUGUUCCAGUGGAUCCUUCCACUCCUGCUUGUUGCUCCGAACCUGGCACAAAAGGCAUGGAUUAUCGGGACUGGGUCCGGCGCAGCUACCUGGAAUUGGUCACGUCAAAUCACCACUCUGUUCAGGCCCUUUCAUGGAGAAAACUCUACCUUAGCCGAGCCAAACUCAAAGCUUCCAGCAGAACCUCUGCUCUCCUCUCUGGAUUUGCCAUGGUUGCCAUGGUGGAGGUGCAGCUGGAAAUGCAGUACAAGUACCCCCAGAUGCUGCUGAUCGCUUUCAGCGCCUGCACGACAGUGCUAGUGGCCGUUCAUCUCUUUGCCCUGCUCAUCAGCACCUGCAUCCUGCCCAACGUGGAAGCGGUGAGCAACAUCCACAACCUGAACUCCAUCAGCGAGUCCCCACAUGAGCGCAUGCACCCCUACAUAGAGCUGGCGUGGGGCUUCUCCACGGUCUUGGGGAUCCUCCUUUUCCUUGCGGAAGUUGUGCUUCUGUGCUGGAUCAAAUUUCUGCCCGUGGACUCCAUCAUGAAGAACGACACCACGACCAUCCAGAAGCCCAGCGGCCACGCGGGUUGGCAGGCAGCCCUGGUCUCCACCAUCAUCAUGGUCCCCGUGGGGCUGAUCUUUGUCGUCUUCACCAUCCACUUCUACCGCUCUUUGGUGCGGCACAAAACGGAGCGCCACAACCGGGAGAUCGAAGAGCUUCACAAACUCAAAGUGCAGUUAGACGGGCAUGACCGGAGCAUGCAGGUAGUGUGACAGAGAGGCAGGGAGCUGCUGCCACCAAAUCCACCUAGCUGAGGCUGAGAGAAAAAUACCUGUUUUGCCAGUUGGCGAGGCGUACCAAUGACAGACUGUUUUGAGGCUUAAAUAUCUAAAUGCUAAUUGCCAUAUGUAGCUGUGGGUUCUAGUGCUGUUUCCAAUGCUGUGGUCUCUGGCCUGUUUCUGGUCCUACACACUUCUAUGUUUAAAUAGACACUGCCAUGGAGUUAAUGGUCAAAACUCAAUCUAUCUUAACAUUGGUCCAAGCAGCCAAAUAACUAUUUUUUACAAA